CAUAGAAAGACCGACUCUUAUAAAAAGUAAAUAAAUAAAUACACAUUUAAAUAAAUUCAAAUCCUGCUCUUGGGACUCAAUGAGGCCAACUACUCCAAAGAGGCUCUACGAAAACAGACUGAAGGAUGGCACAUAGUUCAGGGCAGGCGUCUCUUGCCUUAAUCUUGGCCUCAGAGGCUGAAAGACAAGGCAGGAUGGGUAGAAGGCAGGGCUUGGAGAGGAACCAGCGCUGGCUCCACCCUUCCCACAUCAGAGCCAUGGGGAGCCUAGGUCCUGGUGGGCCACCCCAGGUGCAAGCACCCUACACUGUUCUGCUGCUUCCACUGGGGACAAGCCGCCAAGAUCCAGGGGCCCCGAGCUUCUUCCUCUGGCUGCAGAUGAUGCAGGCUCUGGAGAGGGAACAAGACGCUCUGUGGCAGGGUCUGCAGCUGCUGGAGCAGGGCCAGGCCUGGUUCGCAGACCACCUAAGGGAGGCACAGCAGAGGCAGCUGCAUCUGGGGGCCCUCGGUGAGGAUUUUCUAAUGAACUCAGACUCAGCGACUGACUCCCCACAGCUCACCCAGAUUCAAGAGGUGAACGCUUGUUUGCGCCGUCUGAUUCAGGAGUUGUCACAGCAGCAAAAAGAACCGACCCAGUCCGAGGGAGAGGGAGAGGUGGCUCGGCGGGGGCAGAGGCGCCUGACCCGUGUGUGAAUCCUCCCCUCCCAGCAUCUCUGGGGAGAAGGCAUGACCACAGGAGCCCUCCUUCAGCCUUAACCUAAACUAAGACACAGCCCGGAUAAGGUGAAAACUGCGCCUACUGGGCCCUGCCCUGCCUCCUUCUGGAAUAAACAGCAAACUUUCCAAAAAAAAAAAAAAAAAAGCAUUUUGUGCUGUUUCUGUUCGGAGUAGGAACAGCACCUCAUGGAAAUCUGUCACCAUCUGUCCCUCGCACCUCAGCCCUGUUACAGGAGCUGCAGGUGUGGACCACCGUGCCAGUCUGCUCCUUUAAGAAAGAGAAGGGAGCCGGUGGUGGGUG